AUGCACGAGAGUGGGGAGUUGAAAGAGGUGUUUGCAGAGAAAGGGGUGCUGGGAGGGGCGGGGAAGGGAGAUGCACCAGGAGCAGUGACGGCAGCAGCAGCAGCGGCGGAUGGGCAGGUUGAUGGGGCGAAGGGGUUGCAAGAGCGGCUGAAGGCACUCCUCUCGUCUUCGCCUACCAUGCUGUUCAUGAAGAUGAUUGAAGGCACUCGUCUCGUCUUCGCCUUCCUCUCAUCCCUUCCUCUCAUCCCUUCCUCUCAUCCCUUCCUCUCAUCCCUUCCUCUCAUCCCGUCCUCUCUGCUGCGUUACCUCUCAGGGAACACCGGAGGAGCCGCGGUGUGGGUUCAGCCGCAAGGUGGUGGAUGCAGUCCAGGCACACCAGAGGAGCCGCGGUGUGGGUUCAGCCGCAAGGUGGUGGAUGCACUCACGUCAGAAGGUAUUUCCUUUGGCAGUUUUGACAUUCUCACGGACGAGGCAGGAACACCGCAGGAGCCCCGGUGUGGGUUCAGCCGCAAGGUGGUGGAUGCAGUCAAGUCAGACAUGGACUCAUCGCAUGUUUCCCCCCCCCUCUUCCCCCCUUCUUCCCCCCCCUCUUCCCCCCUUCUUCCCCCCCCUCUUCCCCCCCUCUUCCCCAUGGCUUGUCCUCACGGCCUUGCCUUGCUUUCCCAGGGCACACCUGAGGAGCCGCGGUGUGGGUUCAGCCGCAAGGUGGUGGAUGCACUUACGUCAGAAGGCAUUUCCUUUGGCAGUUUUGACAUUCUCACGGAUGAAGCAGUGAGGCAGGGGCUGAAGGAGCUCUCCAAUUGGCCCACGUACCCCCAGGUGUACCACAAGGGCGAGCUGAUUGGUGGAUGCGAUAUUGUGCUUGAAAUGAAGGCUAAUGGGGAGCUUAAAGCCGAGCUUGGAGGGUGA